AUGCAGCUCCUGGCGAGGGUGCCGUCCCUUCCGGAGCGGGGCGAGCUGGACUGCAGCAUCUGCUACCGGCCCUUCAACCUCGCGGGCCGCGCGCCCCGCCGCCUGCCCGGCACGGCGCGCGCCCGCUGCGGCCACACGCUCUGCACCGCGUGCCUGCGCGGGCUGGCGGCGCGCGGCGACGGCGGCGUGGUGCGCCUGCGCCGCGUCGUCACGUGCCCCUUCUGCCGCGCGCCCACGCCGCUGCCGCGCGGCGGGGCCGCGGAGGUCGCGGUGGACCCGGACUUGUGGUCGCGGCUGGAGGAAAAGGCACGGGCCGAGCGCAAGCCGGACGAGGCGGGCGGGCCGGUGCGGGGAGGCGGCGACGCCGACGACGAGGACGAGAGCGAGGAGGGGACGGGACCCAGGAGCGCGGGCUGGCGCGCGCUCCGGCGGCUGUGGCAUCGGGUGCUGGCGCCCGCGCGCCGCUGGCGGCGUCCGCUGCCUAGCAACGUGCUGUACUGCCCGGAGAUAAAGGACCUGGCCCACAUGACCCGCUGCACGCUGUAGCGGCGGAGCCUGGAAGCUGCGGCAGAAGAAAGGUGGGAGCUGCAUUCUCGGGACACGCUCUAGAGCGGGGAUGGGGGGAUGCCAAGGCUACCCCCGUCCCCCUUCCCGGGGCUGAGCCCAGGGCAGGAGGGACCGCAUCGAGGCAUGUGGACGCCGAGCUGGGAGGCUUGUAGCAAAUCGCCCCUCUCUGCGGACUGCGCCCGCCUCGCUCCCAAGAAGGUGGAAACAAAAUCUACAUCCCCGGGGGAAGGAGACAUUGUUUCCUUAGCUGUGACUUUGGCUUUUGUCCAGGGAAGCGUGGAGGCACGGUAGGUCCUAUUUUAGCGACUCCGUGUCCAGUGGUUGGAAAAAAAAAUUUUUUUUAAUGUUUAUUAUUUAUUUUUGAGAGAGUGACACACAGACACAGCAUGAGCAGGGGAGAGGCAGAGAAAGAGGGAGACACAGCAUCCGAAGCAGGCUCCAGGCUCUGAGCUGUCAUCACAGAGCCCGACGCCGGGCUCCAACCCAAGAACCGGCCUGAGCUGCAGCUGGAGGCGCUCAACCUGAAGUUGGUCACUUAACUGCCCGAGCCACCCAGGUGCCCCAUGGGGUUGAAACAAAAAAAAUUUUUAAGACAAAAUGGAAGAGGGGAGGCCGGUUUUUGUGUGCUGUUAAUAAUCCCGCUUCUCUGGCACCUUAGAAAGCUGAGAAAAAUAAGACGUAUUGGUUCUCCCCCCCCCCCCCCCCCCCCCCCCCCCCCCAGUGCUGGUAUGCUUGUCUCCCGAUUCCCAGUGGUGUGUUGGUAAAAUUAUUGAGAUGCCUGUCUGCUUCAUUUCACAAUCUCCCUUCAACUAGUUAGGGCAGGUAUCAGAAGGUCCAGAGGGCGUUUUUUAUCUGAGGCACCUAAUUAGGGCCUAUCAAGGGUAGGAAAGCCAUUUGGUGAAGGCAUCACAUUUUAAUCUUGUGAUAUUAUCUGUCAUUGUCACAGUCACAGGGAAAACACGGUCGCUACUGAAAAAAUAAAAAAGAUGCUCAUCACAGAAUUUUAAACUAGUGCCCCACAAUUGGACAGCUUCUAUCCUAUGCCAGGAUUCUAUUUUAAAAUCUUGUAAGUUACGUUAGGAGAGUAUAAUUAUAGUUUAGAAACAGCAGCAUCAGUGGCAUUACAAAAUCUCAGGAUCCCCA